GAAGAAUCUACACCUGCAUUUUUGUCGAGUACUUUCGUGGAUGGAUUUAACAAAUAUAACAACAAACGUGUUAUUAUAAUUCUAAUGCUCACGAUAAAUUUUUCGUGCGCGAUCAAAUGACUCAUCCGUUUCCUUGGUGUGUAUCUAUUCGUAGAACUUGACGAUUUGUAAGCAUUCCAACAGAAUUUGCUAAAUAGUUCGUGUUGCUCGUAUCUAAACUUGGUCUUAAACUUGGUUUUUUCGUGUCUGAUAGCAGGAAAUAAAAAAUGGUUAUCGAUAGCUUUACUUGAUACGGACAUGACAAUAAAAAUUGUUCGCGCUUGUCGGUCGAUUUCGCGGUUAAUCAAUUCAAUGAAUGAAUUCACUCCAAUGACAAUUAAUGAAAUUACAUUUCGGAAAAACUCUGGUUCGUUACAGUUAUAAACUGUAUACAUAUAUGACAAUUGUAUCGAAGAUGUGCUAGUGCAUACUACAUACGUAAUCAGUUCAAAUAGUGUGUGUUGCACGAAAACGGAAUCUAGAAUAAAGUAUCAUUUCCGUUCGAAAAAAAAUAAUUUACUUUUUGCAUUUUCUCGUGGAUAGACAACAUUUGUAAUGCAACGAGAAAAAGAAAAUAAUAACAAGAUAACGUUCGGUUGUUUAUUGUACAAUGGUUCCUCGUUUCGAGGGAACCUCUGAUUGCGUGUAGCCAUGUAUACGCUUUAUGCAUAGCAUAGGUGUCUGCAAUGGUGUAUCUGUCUGAUCAUGGAAAAAAUAACGUGUACGUGAACGGUGUAAUCGUGCAUAAAUGCAUAUCUGUAAAACAGUGAAUAGAAUGGGAAAACAAAACGGAUCGUGUUGGUGGUUUAUGAAAACCGUGAACUGGAUACCAGUUCUUUUCAUCUUGACGGUUAUCGUAUGGUCGUAUUACGCUUAUGUGGUGCAAUUAUGUUUUUAUACAAUAGAUAAUUAUGUUCAACAAGCAUUUUACUUGUUUUUUUAUCACAUCCUAUUUCUAUUAUUUUUGUGGUCCUACUGGCAAACCGUAUUUACAGACUUAAUAGAAGUACCAGACAAGUUUAGAAUACCAGAUGUAGAAAUGGAAAAAUUUCAACAAGCUGAAACAGAAGAAGCACGAAGACAAAUGUUAGAAAGAUUCGCUCAAGAUCUUCCAGUCACAAAUCUUACUAUCGAAGGAGUAAUACGUUUCUGCGAGAAAUGUCAGUUAAUUAAACCAGAUCGAGCACAUCACUGUAACGUGUGCAGAACGUGUGUUUUAAAAAUGGAUCAUCAUUGCCCAUGGAUAAACAACUGUGUUGGCUUUCACAAUUAUAAAUUCUUCAUGUUAUUUUUGGCAUAUGCCCUUCUUUACUGUAUAUUUAUUACUGCUACAUCUUUACAAUACUUCAUACGUUUUUGGAAAGGAGAAUUGGAUGGAAUGGGCAGAUUUCAUCUACUGUUUUUAUUUUUUGUGGCACUAAUGUUUGCAGUUAGUUUAAAUUCCCUUUUCCUCUAUCAUUGCUACCUUGUUUUACAUAAUAGGUCUACAUUAGAGGCGUUCACAGCACCCAUGUUUCGCACAGGAAAGGAUAAAGAUGGUUUCAGUCUUGGAAAAUAUAAUAAUUUCCAGGAAGUAUUUGGUGAUAAUCCUAAACUAUGGUUCCUUCCCACUUUUACUAGUCUUGGAAAUGGUGUCACCUAUCCAGUACGCGCGCAACAUCAAGGCCCACCCAAUACUUACGACUCCAUGGGCAGUACUCGAAACAGUUUUGGCGAUGGGGUAAACUUUCCUGAACGGCUGUGCAAUGAAGACACAUAUACUCUGUUGGGACAUACUACCCAACAGUGGGAUGAUGAGACCGAGCUUGACUCUCCACCUCCCUAUAGGUCGCAAUCAGCACUACUAUGAUAAGUUCUGCUGCAGAUGCUAACCAACCAUUGGUGGAUACAACUGAAGUUGUUUGACGCAGCAGUUAUAAUUUCUUCGUCUUUAUUACAGACAUAGCUUUGUUGCUGAGUCACAACAUUCAAUUUAGUAGUUUAUAUAUAUACUUUUUGCAUUGCGACGUCUUAUAACAAUUCAAUUGUCUUUUUUUUUUUUUCUAAAAAAAUUUACAAUAGAUUAUUCCAUAUUUCAAUCUUCGAUGUAAUAAUUUUACGUACAAAUACAAAGAAUUAAUAUUAAGACAACAUUCACUACUGUACAUUGAAACUUUCAUAGUCUUCUAUACAUUCUAUAUAUUAAAGGAAUUAUUGUUAAAAUAAUUAGAAUGCAAAAUAAUUUGCACAAAAUUUUUAACAUUUCAUAUACAUAUGUAUAACAUUGUUAAUGGUGCAGUUAAUGAUAUAUAUGGCAGCAUAUAUAAUUACUAUUGCAAUCAUAAUGGCCUUUCUUGCUAAUGCCAAGUUGGUAUUAAAAAUUUGUUAUUGAAAUGUAGAAAAUCAAAACUGAUAUGAUGAUAAAUGUAAAUUGUUAUAACUAAAACAAAUUACUGCCAUGACUUUAAUGAAAUGUAUAAUAAAUAAUUAAAGGAAAAUAAUAGAGUUAUUAUGCUCUAAAAAGAAAAAAAACAGGAAUUAUUGAUAUUGUAAUAUAACUGUUGAAGUAACACAGUGUUGGAAGUAUUAUUUUCAACUGUGUGGAUCACUGUAUUUUAUUUCUAUUAAAACCAAAACACAAAUGUAAAUUUUAAAGAUCUAAAACAUCAAUGUAAUUACUACUUUUUGAAAUAAUUUGUUCAUAACUAUCGAAUUGUAAUCUCACUGUUUCGAAAAUAAUUUAUUGUCGUAACAAGAAUAUUAGUUAUAUUUAUGUAUUUGAUACUAAUAUGUUGUUCUAAUUAUUUUAGUAACAAUUUGAUUAUACAUUCUAUGAUUUGUACAGUCUCGAUAUACUGUUUCUACAUUCAUCCUUUAACACAACAAAUCAAAAAUUUAAUUAAUAAAUUUUUAGAAAGCAUAUUUUGUACUUAAAACUUGUAAUUAUCUUUAUUUAAAUAAGAUAAACAACCUUGGAUGUUAAUAAACCUAUAUAUUUUAAUGGAAAUGAAAAUCAUGAUGGUAUAUUUUAACAUUUAUUACAAGGUAUACAUUUCAUGACUGAUACUCAAGAGAUAUUUAUUUUGUAUUAAUAUUUUGUUUUAACUUCUUUUACAUUGCUUAUUAUUUUUUUCUUGUUAAGAAAAGGAUAAAGACACUUUUUUCAUAAAGCUUAUAGAACCAGCAUGAUAUAGAAUAGAUGAAAUGUAUUUCUAUUAAGUAUUGCUAAUAAAUGUUAACUAAUGGUUAAUUAAAGCGCAAUGCGUAUAAACUUAUUAAGUAUAAGUAGACUAUAAAUGAUUAUAUAAUUGUAUAAGUAUAAUGUUAUUCACUUUA